AUGUACCCAUUAGGAGCUUUUGCCAAUUCGAGGCGAUGCAUGAAAUCCACUACGCUCGGAGACGUGCCACUUUAUGAAGGUGACUUUGUCUGUGCCGAUACCCUCACUCUCCACUUCAAUCGCGAAAUCUGGGGAGAAGAUGCCGACGAUUUUCGACCAGAAAGGUACUGA